AACCGAUACACCGCAUAUGGCUGCUGCACGCGCUUGUCGGAGCAUGCGCACAGCCGGAUUUUACCAGAAUGUUGCAGACGAUAAAACCUGUAAAACACAUACAUUCUAUACUUAGCUACUGACCUUACAAAAUAUGUGACCUCUUCAAGAAAACUGUUUUUUCUUGGUCAAAAAUGGCCUACAUUUGGAUAACAAAAGGAUUCUUACUGUUUUUGUGUGUUAAUAUUUUGGAAAUUAUAUCGUCCGAAGCAGGGGAUGUUAGAGACCUUAUGCACAACUGCCUUGACGGUCUGUUCGGUUACCAGUGCAAGUAUAGAUGUCGCUGUAUGAAAGAUGAACCCUGCGACAAGGUCACCGGCACAUGCUACAAUGGAUGUGCUAAAGGAUACUGGGGACCAGGGUGUCAACUGACCAACAAUUGUUUCUACAAUGGAAAAGCUCGCCAGUACCAGGGGCGUGUAUCGGUGACGUCAAGUUUAUUUAUCUGCCAAAGAUGGGGUUCUCAGUCUCCGCACCGGCAUUCAUACAAUGCGAAUGACUUCCCCGACGGCCGUAUCCCCGAUAAUUUCUGCCGGACAACAAAGGACUCAUCAAGACCUUGGUGCUACACAACUGACAAACGCCGGAGAUGGGAACACUGUAAUGUAAACAAUUGCAAUUGUCCAAUUGGCCGUUUUGGUCACAACUGUGACAAAGAGUGCCACUGUGCUGAGAGUGGAGAGGCCUGCGACAGCAUAAUGGGAAUCUGCAAGUCGCAGUGUGCACUGGGUUGGACCGGUUUUGAUUGCCAAACACCUGAGAGAUGUCCCAGUAACAGCUAUGGAUGGGAGUGUUCCGAGAAGUGUUACUGUACCAACCCUGAUCAUUGUGACAGGUUUACUGGUCCAACCCCACAGUGUAAAUGUCAAAGAGGGUUCUUUAACGACCCUUUCUGUGAGCCAGUUACCCCUCCGAGGAUUAUUCGCUUUGGAAACGAGCGUGUGAAUCAAGGACAAGCGUCUGUGUUUAACUGUACCGUGGCGGCAUUUCCUACCCCAAGAGAUAACGAAAUCAAACUUCUUGCACCAAGAGGAAAGCACGUGACACUUAUACAGUCACUCGUGCUAGAUGGUUACUUGUAUACGAGAUCGAGUCUCUUUCAGGUGAGCAUGGUGAACGUGGAUGAGAAGUAUAGCUGCGUGGUCAGAGCUGUUGCAGGAAAUACAUCCAUUACCAGAGAAGCUGAUGUGUUUAUCCGUCCAAUGUUGAUAAAUCCACCAAAUAUUAUAAGGGAGCAUGUAACUGGAACACAGAUUCCACUAGAGUGGCCUCCCUGGAGUAGAUCACGUGGUGAUACAGGAGAUCCGCCUAUUAUGUGGUACAGUGUAUGGUUACGAACGCUAGGAGAAUCUUCAUUUAGGAUGCUCAGCGUAGUCCCGGAAGUGAAAUGUUACGAACGUUCUUACUGUAACUACACUGUAACGGACCUUAUACCCUAUACAAAUUAUGUGAUCUACAUAUCUGUACGGAGACAAGGAGAUUCCAUGGAUGGACCUGCGGGACCUAUGGUGCAUGUGAAAACUAAGUGUGCAGAACCGACAGAGAGCGCACUGAUCACGGCAAUUAAUGGAGAAUACCAAGUCAACAAUACCUAUCCCAAAACGAAGCUGAGCGUACACUGGGAGGAUGCCCCGAAGGAAACAUGGAGUUGUGACAGCAUUAGAAAGUACCAGAUUUUAGUCUCGAAAGGCAAACCGGAUGUUAUGGUAACACACGUGGCAGGGAGGUCUUACAAACAGUUUCAGAUUUCAGAGUUAGAACCAUCAACGAAAUACUGUAUCUCUAUACGAUAUGAGAAUAAUCAAGGGUUUUAUAGUCCAACUUCUGCCGAGAAAUGUAUCGUUUCACCGUCUACAGUCCUUGCUGCACCAAAGAACUUACAGCUUCGCAGACGAACAAGUACUUCAUUGACCAUUUCAUGGGAACGCCCAUUAAAUGCACGUGGAAACAUGACGUCAUAUACAAUAAUAUACUGGAAAGGAUUCGUACGGGAGCUAUCCACAAAGAAGGGUGUAGAAUAUCAGUCUGGGGAACGUGAAGUAGAAUAUACAUUGACGGGCCUCGAUCCAGUCACGAGUUAUAAUAUUCAGGUACAAGCUGUGAACAUAGCUGGUUCAGGAGAAUACAGUGAGAUUCUGGUAGCUUCUACAUCUGAAGGACGUCCUGGCUCACUUUCAAAAUUCCGAAAUACGUCGAGAACACAGACGUCAAUCAUGCUAGAAUGGCAGCCUCCAGAGCGACCACUCAGUGAGGUCAUGUUCUACUAUCUGAAAUGUUCGAAUGCAAAAACUGCAUCAGAGAACCACAUUGAACCACUGCGUAUACCCACUGCACGAAAUAAGUAUAACUACACAGGUCUCGAGCCCACAACCCAAUACAAGUGCAGCAUAAAUGCCAGUUCUACCAUUGGUACGGGGCCGACGUCAUAUCUCACAGCAUGGACUGAAGCUGUCGAUCCGACGGAGCCACCAGCACCAACAAUACUUGGUCGUUCUGAUACAACUGUUACACUGGAGAUCAAACAGCAUACUGAUAAAACAAUCAGUUUCUACAGGAUAAUAGUAGAGCAGGUUACAGACCGUUCCAAGCGCAGUGUUCAGGAAGCGGUAUCUGACACUAGCUAUGACUACUACGCUGCAAAGAAAGAAGGGUCGUCCGUAUAUGUCGCCGCCCAGUUAGACAACGCUGACGCCGUUGGUACAUUUGUCGUUGGUGAUAACAAAACGUACGGUGGCUAUUCAAACGUACCUUUACAACCACAAGAGGAGUAUGACAUCUGGCUUGGGGCAUAUGCUGAGACCGAUACGGGAAUCAAAAAAUCUAUUUCAAAAGCAGUCAAAGGGUCAGUAGCUCGAAGUGCAAUAACCGCUGUUCCGCAAACCAGUCAUGUUCCGGUUAUCAUUGGAGUUCUCAUUCUCUUCAUUGUGCUUAUCCUUGUUGUCGCUUUACUGCUCUUCAUGUGGAGAAAGAAACAUUUACAAUCGGAACGAGAAAAGGCGGAAAUGCCAAAUUUUGGACCAACAAUAAUACCUGAACCUGAUUUAACGCCACCUUCCACACCAAUAGAGACUGUUGACAGUGAUCCACUGCUAGAUGCUAGUGGUGGGUCUGAUACGGACUCUGAACCCAUCUAUGGUAAUAUAGGUUUUGAAGUGGCACCAGUCAAGGUGGAAGAUCUCUGGGACUAUGUGAAAAACAACAAAUGCAACGAUUGUGAAGGCUUCCGAAGAGAAUACAAGCUUAUACCGGCAGGGAUAACGGCAAUGUGCGAGGCAGCAAGAAAAUGCGAAAAUAAAAAUAAAAACAGAUACGGAAAUAUUGUAGCAUAUGAUCAUACACGAGUAGUAUUACAUGACUAUGAAGAUGAACAUGACGACUAUAUAAACGCUAAUUAUGUAGACGGAUAUAAUAAGCCAAAAGCAUAUAUUGCAGCACAAGGACCAACACGAGAAACAUUGAAAGAUAUAUGGAGAAUGGUUUGGCAGGAACAAUCAAAGACGAUUAUAAUGUUAACCAAUCCAACAGAAACUGGCAAGAAAAAGUGUGAGUCUUACUGGCCUGCUGAUGAGAUUCAGGUAUUUCAUGGUAUAACUGUUGAAUGUCUAGGUACAUCCGACCUCCCAGACUUCACAACCAGAACAUUUAAACUUGCAAAGGGAGACGAGACUCGCAUUGUGAAACAGUUCCAUUACACUACAUGGCCUGAUCACGGGGUACCAAAGUUUAGCAGUUCUCUUUUAUUACUACGACAGAAAAUUCGAUCCCAUGACAAUCUAGAUUCAGGACCACAAGUGAUUCAUUGCAGUGCUGGUGUUGGAAGAACAGGGUCGUAUAUAGCAAUAGAUGUAGAAUUGGAGAGGGCCAAAACUGAAGGUGUAAUAGAUGUCCAUAAUUUUGUUCAACUUAUGCGCACACAGCGGAUCAAUAUGGUACAAACAAUGGACCAAUAUGUGUUUGUGUACGAUUGUUUGUUGGAGGCGCUGAUUAGCGGUGAUACGUUAAUGAGAGCUGACGAGUACCAGGACAUUCUCUCAGAGAUGUGUCAGUUUGAUAACACCAUACAGAAAACCAAACUUGAGGAACAAUUUGAGAUACUACGACUUAUAACGACCACAAUAGAAAGGGACGAAAGUACGACAGCUCUCAGGGCCGAAAACAUUUUCAAGAACAGAUGCAAAAAUAUUAUACCAGCCAAUCGUUGUCGUCCAUUCUUGAUGACACCAUACGAAGGCUGUAAUGACUAUAUCAAUGCAGUUUUCUGUAAUAGUUACACACGCCGAGAUGGCUUUGUUUUGACUCAAAUGCCCCUACCAAAUACUGUGAUAGACUUUUGGCGACUUAUUCAUGAUCAUAAUGUAGCCGCAAUAGUCAUGCUGAACGAAGUGGACAUAUGUGAUGAGACGUGUGAACAGUACUGGACCCUUGAAUCAUGUGGUGAAAAGUAUGGACCUUUUAUAGUAGAGACAACUGCCGAGAUAAAAUCUGACCCGAGCAUUACAAUUCGUGAUUUCUCUAUCACAAACACUGAUAUGCCACAUGCUGUACCGAAGGUUGUCCGUCAGUUUCAUUUUCAUCGCUGGGUGGAUGAGUCUCCGGUUCCCAGUUCUAAAUUGUCUCUGUUCGAACUGCUAGACAUGGUCGAUACCUGUCAACGACAUAGCGGCAACAAACCAGUUGUGGUUCACUGCAUGAACGGUGCUUAUCGUAGUGGUCUAUACGUAGCUGUGAGUAUCCUCAUAGAACGUCUGAAGCUUGAGAAAGAAAUAGAUGUCUUCCAAACAGUGAAACAGCUGAGACUGUGUAGAUCCCAUCUGGUCGAUAAUCUGGAACAAUAUCGUUACUGUCAUGAGAUUGUGUUAGACUAUAUGAACUCUGUGAACAUGAACAGUAUGACUACAUUUACACCUCCAGUUUCAAAUGCAUCAACAGUAGUUUCUUCCUUGCAUCUCACAGUCGGAGAGACGAAGGAAACAUGAAGUAAAUGAUUGUGCGAAAGGAGUAAAUAGUAUAUACGUUAGAAGACCAAAACAUUCGAAUCGAAAACCAUCACCACCAUGUUGACUUCCACGUGUUGCAUCACUUGUGCAUCAAUAUUAUUUCUGUAGGUCAAUAUCAACUUAAUAUAAUUUCUUUUUUAUAUGAAGUUUUAUUCUAUAAGAACAGGUCAUUUCGCUUAAUGAGCAACUUGAUAGAAUGUAUUGCAAUACUAUAAAUGCAAUUUAACUUUGAUUUAGAUUAUUUUUAUUCAUUGCUUAAUGUAUUAGACCGAUUUUAAGAUUCUGAACAAUGAAUUAUGAAUUCGGAUGCACUGUAUUAUACAGUUAAGGACUUUUCGUUUUAUCUGCUGCAGAAUAAAUAAAUAUUGUCCCUCUGGUAGCUGAGGCUAAUGUAACCUUCUGUGGUACAGAUCACGUCAUUCUUUGACGAAAACUCAAAAUAUAUGACAAGGGCUUAGAGCGAAACAUUUCUAUCUGUUUCUGUUUCUAUAAACAGAUAGACCAGUUUCGCUCUAAGCCUCGGUGAGCUCUUAUUGCCCGUUUGAUCGUGCUAUAUCCCAGAAACAGUGCAAUAUCAUAACAUUUUUGUUAAAUAUUUUUGCUAUAGCAAAAUAAAACUGAUCAACACUAUUUUGACUUUUUUGUAUAAUCUAAGGGUUAUUCUGACCAAUGAGUUCUCAUUCACUUAUUAUGAUACAGAGUUUCGUCCAUCAUAUAUAUGUACAUGUUUACGCAAGUUUCUCAACAUUGACACUGUGACAAUGUUACAAUAGGUAUAACAGAAAAUGGAGGAAGGAAUUUCGUUGCUCAUAUUUAUAUCACUUUUUAUUCGUUUAUUUUAGCUCGUUACUUUGUGUUGUUUGCCUUCUGUUGUUGUUGUACCAAAACCUUCGUUAUCCAAUAUUGGUUCAGAUAUAUUUGCUGUUUCUUCAUUAGCUUUAUCUGCGUUUAGUUCUUCGUGAAUCUGCACGUCAUCUCUGUUUAAGCGAGACAUAUAAGGCUUUUCAAUAAAGUAUUUUGUCAUUUGCUGGUUGUAGGCUGCAGCUGUAAAGCACACAUUUUAAAUUUGUACAUAUUUACUCAUUAAUAGAUUUAUCCAUUUUAUCGAAUCACUUUUGCAUCAUGCUAUCUGUCAUUAUGUAAAUUGAUAUUUCAUAUUUUCAUUUUAUAUAAUGUAUAUUAUACACCAUGUUAUAAUGAAUAAAUGCCAUAUAGAUCGCA